AUUGCAAUUUUUAUUAUCAAAUAAAUGACAUCAAGUCAUCAACUACAAUAUAAUUGAUGCCAUCAUCAUCAUCGAUCACCUCUAGCUUCCAUUGCCGCUCCCAAAUACGUACGUAUCAUCAACACCAUGGCCAGCCUUCUCUAUCUUUCUCUUCCGAUAAUCAUCGUUCUUCUUCACCUCUUCCACCAUUUCAUUCUUCACCGGCUGAGGAAUCUGCCGCCGACCCCUUUCCCGGCGCUUCCCAUCGUCGGCCACCUCCACCUACUGCGAAAGCCGCCGCUUCAUAAGGCGCUGUACGACGUCGGGAAGAGGUACGGACAAGUCCUCUUCCUCCGGUUCGGGUCGCGGCCGGUGGUCCUCGUGUCAUCGGCGGCGGCGGCGGAGGAGUGCUUCACCAAGAACGACGUCGUCUUCGCCAACCGGCCCAAACUCCUCACCGGGAAACAUUUGGGGUAUAACUUUACCAGCCUCCCCUUUUCGCCGUACGGGGAACGGUGGAGGAAUCUCCGGCGAAUCUCCACCGUGGAAGUGCUUUCCUCGUACAGAAUCCAGCAGUUGGCCGGAAUCCGUGCUGAGGAGGUCAAGGAGUUGGUCCGCAAUCUCUUUCACCUCUCCACUUGUGAUCCCAUGGUAGAACUGAAGCCGCCUUUGCAUGACUUCACCUUCAACGUGAUGUCCAGAAUGAUCUUCGGGAAAAAGUAUUACGGGGGCGGCGCCGCCGCGAACUCCGAGGCGGCGAAGCUGUUCCAAGAAAUAUCAAGAAACCAAAUAAGAGUGAUUCCCAAAGCCAACGUUUUGGACUUCCUGCCGUUCAUGAGAUGGUUCGGGUUCGGAGAUAUCGAGGAUGAGCUGGCGGGGAUCUUCGAGAAGAGAGACGAGUUCAUGCAGAGGGUAAUAGACGACCACCGCUCCGGUCUGUCUCACGGCGGCCGGCGGCGUGAACCAACGGCGGCGGAUAGUAAGACCGUUUUGGAUGUUCUGUUGGAGUUGCAGAGCUCGGAACCGGAAAGGUAUACCGAUGAGACCAUCAGAAAUCUUAUGCUGGUAUUGCUCCAAGGAGGUUCUGAUACAACCGCUGUGACUUUGGAGUGGGCAUUCUCAUAUCUCCUCGACAACCCCCAGGUGUUGAGCAAGGCACGAGCCGACAUGGACAAAUAUGUCGGAAACCACGACAUCAUAGAUGAGUCUGACUUGCCAAAUGUCCCGUACAUCCGCUGCAUCGUCAAUGAGACCUUACGGAUGCACCCGGCAGCGCCACUAUUGCUGCCUCACUUCUCCACAGAGGAUUGCAGGAUCUCUGGUUUCCACAUCCCUCGAGAAACCAUGUUGGUGGUCAACGCAUGGGGCAUCCAUCGUGACCCUAUGGUUUGGGCAGAGCCUGAGGUUUUUAGUCCAGAGAGGUGGUUCGUGGAAGGCUAUGGGGGCGGGAGAAACGGGUCCGAGUUCAUCCCAUUUGGGUCAGGCCGACGAAGGUGUCCAGGCGAGAACUUGGCUCUCCGUGUCUUGGAGUUGGCCAUAGCCUCGUUACUACAGUGUUUUGAGUGGGAUAAGGUUGAUGAUGACAACAAUGAGACAACUGAUGAGGGCGAUGGAACAAGUGGAUUCACGGUUUCUGCCAUGACUCAUCCUUUGCUUGUUAAAUGCUCUCCACGUCCUUUAAUCACCAAUCUCUUUUCCUAGAUUUAAUACUACUUAUGUAAUCCUUUCUUUGUUCUCUAAAUAAAUUUUACUGCUUUUAUUUACUAAAUUUUACCAUCUUUGAUUUUAAAUUUUUUACAAUCAUUAUCUUUUUAUAGAUUUACGUACAUUCUAGCACUAAGAAAAGAACUGCCAUCAAUACAUAUAAUUACAUAUAAUAAAUACUUUGUAUUUUA